ACGUGCAUGUGUGUUCAGAUCAGCUUGUUAAAAAUUUUUUAUGUUAUAUCCGAACGUGGAUUAUCGUGAUACCUUUACGUAAUGAUAAAUUUUACCUGAAUUAUUUUAAUUGUCAAAAAUAUAUCAGAAAUAUAAAAUUGUAUGCCAAUAAAAACGUUAUACUUUUAUUUUUUUAUCGCACUCAAAAAUUAUGAAUAUUAUAAUUUCGAAGAAAAACUUUACACAAUUCCUUGUGCGAUAAUCAAUUCAAUUGUCUAAGAAUAAAAUUCUUGUAACCUCUCGAUAAUUCAAUUUAUUAUCAACUUAGUUCGACGAACAGCAAGGGCGCUAUUGAUUGUAGCGAGAUAUAUUAGUUGUCACCCUUCGCGAAACUGCGAUCGCGCGAAAGACAGUUACAUAAUAGCAACUGUGAGGGGCGACGAUAAUUAUACGUCGCGAGAGAUAAUUGCGUACUAAUUUCGUAAUGUCGUAAUUACGACCGUGCGAUGCUACGACACAAGGAAUUGAUAAUAACUGUUCUUGCCACUUGCCGGGUGACGAGUAUUCACAAGGAAGCGUUGACAGUUAGUAGUCUUAAAUAGUUCGUGAAAAUGAACGAGCGAAAGAACAUUUGGCAAAGUCGCUUUUACACAGUUCCUAGAGCGUAUAUGAGCUUGGUAGGGAUAUGGCCCUAUCAUACGUUUCGCGACAGGUGUUUACUCUUUGUGCCGAUGUUCACGUUCUCCCUCACCAUCAUUAUACCUCAAUUCCUAUAUCUUCUGAUCGCCGCGGCGGAUCUUGACGAUGUGUUCUCGUGCACUCCGUCGAUGUACAUUACUAUAAUAUUCAGCUUCAAAUUAGGAUGGCUGAUGAUAAACAAUAAGAAAGUACGUGACAAUUGCACAAGUCCAAUGAUGUGAUUAGCAUAAUAGGAAAUGGAACGAUUUAAUAUUUCCACGGCAUUCCCUGCGUAUAGCGUGUACAUACAAUUUUACGUUUUUUUUACUAUACAGAUGUAAUUAAGUUUUUAGCUCUCUCUGACUAUACGUUGUUUUUCGAUCCUUUCUCGACACACGAUUGGAUCAUGUACAGUUGCAUAUAAUUUUCAUUACUUACAUAAUACUCUCUAACUAUUAUACAUUUGUAAGUAAUAUCUUCAAAGAAAUUUCUUCAAAAAUAACUCUUACAUGUAUUUUAAUAUAUUUGGAAACUGUUUGAAAUACUCUUUCAAUACUCUCGUGUUUUAUGUUUACAGUUGAAGACC